GAUUUGGUUCCGGCCAACGUGGAACCCCACCCGUCUCCCUGAGCUAGAGCAAGGGUGCGCUGCCUAUACUUAUUUGAGUCGAGUUGACAGUGAGAGGAGGAAAUUGCAGGUAGGGUGGUAGCGCCAUAGGUGACUGCAUUCUUAUUUGGUUACUGUAUUCUGCUUCGGCUAUUUGCCAAGUUGGCGUUGCAGAUUUUGGCGCCCAACGUGGGGCUCGAUUUUACUUUUUUGGGUGCAUGAUUCCGCUUGUGCUUGAAUUUGAGACGGAGAUGACUGUAGAUGAAAUGCGUAGUAGUCUGAGGUCCCUAUUUAAGUUGGAAGCUACCGAUCGUUCAUUAACAUACCCCGAGUAUGAUUUAGCAGCCGAGGGAGAGUUGAGUACUAUUAAGGACAAGUAUGAGGAAUUAGUUGGUCUAAUCGAGAACGUAGAGGAGGAGCGGCGAGCUAGUGUUUAUCGGAGGUGUACGUCACGAAUAUUACAUUUAAUUGGGCGGGUUAAUCGUAUUCCUAUGGGGGCUACUCAGAGCAAGGAGACUCUGCAAAGUCGCAGUAAGUGGUUAGGGAAGGUGUCAGCAUUGCUCAGUAGGGUGGAAGGUGGGAAGCAACCUGUGAAAGCGAGUACUCCGAAUUUAAGUGUGAUUGCCAGGUCGAGUCAUCCGGUUGUACAGGAAGAUUUAUCUGAGGAGUCGGAUUCUUCGCCUGUAGAGAGUGGAGGGGCGACGGGAUUUAAAUUUCCCAGAACUUCGAAACCACAACCUGUAGAGAAAUGGGGGCUGAAAUUCUCAGGUGAUCCGAAGGGUACAUCAGUUAUGUCCUUCCUUGAGCGGGUCGAUGAGUUGCGGAAGGCGAGGCAUGUGUCUGAGAGAGAGUUGUUUGCAUCUGCGCUGGAUUUAUUCGAGGGUAAAGCGUUACUAUGGUAUCGAUCAGUGGUCACUAGGUGUGCAAGUUGGACCGAAUUGUCUGAAUUGCUUCGGAAGCAUUUCCUACCACCUGAUUACAGGCCGCGGUUAUUUCAGGAGAUUUUAGCACGGGUUCAGGGACCGAGUGAGCCUUUCAUUGAAUAUUUUUCUUGCAUGACCACCUUGUUUUCUCGCUAUGGGGACAUACCGCUUGAUAUACAAUUAGAUAUUCUUGUACGCAAUUUGGCACCUUUUUAUACCAUGCAGCUACCAACCGUUAAAUCCUUGAGAGAACUGGAGGAGGAGUGUUUGCAGCUGGAAACAAGGAAAUAUAGAGCGGAUCAUUACCAGGCACCCUCUCGGAAAAGUCACUUAGCUUCUGUUGAGCCUGAACUUUCUUGUGUGGUUACACCUGGUGUGUCUGAGGCUAGGGUGUCGAAUUCGAGGUCUGGGUCUAACACUGGUGACGUUAACUGCUGGAACUGCCUGAAGACUGGGCAUUUAGUUAGAUUUUGUGAUCGACCGCUUAGGAAGCACUGCUUUUCCUGUGGCCAACUUGAUGUUACAACUCGUGAGUGUCGUCGCUGCAACCCUAGGUCAAAAAACGAGUAAGAGAGAUGAUAGAUGUGGGCCCUAUGUCAUCUCGGAGAUUUCAGGAGGCCAAUAGGGUGAAAUGUUUGCUAGAUUUUGUAUUCUCGCAUGUGCAGGGUGAUGAGAGGCCUCAUAUUAGGGUCAAUAUUCUCGGAAAGGAAAUGCUAGGAUUACUUGAUUCAGGUGCCACUAGGAGCGUGAUCGGGGAGAGAGGUUGUAAAAUUUUAAGGAGUACAGGAUUGCCAUUAUUGAAGUCCGAAUUCUCAAAUAUUACUGUUGCAAAUGGCCAGGUAUGUGCGUGCGUGGGGAUUCUUCGAGUGCCAAUUAAAUUGAAGGAGACGGUUAAAGUAAUAGAUUUGUUAGUCGUGCCGACCCUGGGCCAACUUUUAAUACUGGGGGUGGAUUUCUGGACUCAGAUGGGCAUUGUGCCGAAUCUACGGGCGAAGGAAUGGAAAUUUGCGGCUGAGGGAGAGGUCGAGGUGAAUUCAUUAGAUCCCGUGAAUUCGAGACAAAACCUGAACCUGGACCAGGAACGCAGGCUGAGUGAGGCUAUUGAGUGUUAUUUUGGCCAUAUGCCCACGUCCUUUAGUUGCACCGAUUUGGUGGAACAUAAAAUUGAACUUCUCGAUAAUGUGGAACCAAUCAAACAGCGUUACUAUCCCGUUUCACCGGCACUAUUGA